CGCGGUUCUGGGCAGUUUCGCUUUGUGUAGAGAAGAGAGAGAGAGAGCUUCCGUCCGCGUGCCGGUGCCACCAUGUACCCGAAGCCGGAGGAGGACGCCCCGGCCACGGGCAUCCCGAUGAGCGCCAGCGGCGGGGCCGGCGGGCCGAUGGGCGGCAGCACGUACUACCAGGCGCCUGCUGGGAGCACGGCGGCGUUCGCGAUGCAGGGGGCGCAGGCGCAGGCGGCGUGGUCGACGGGGCUGUGCGACUGCUUCGACGACUGCGGCAACUGCUGCGUGACGUGCCUGUGCCCGUGCAUCACGUUCGGGCAGGUGGCGGAGAUCAUCGACCGUGGCUCCUCGUCGUGCGGCUCCAGCGGGGCGCUCUACGCGCUCAUCAUGCUCCUCACCGGAUGCCACUGCGUCUACUCCUGCUUCUACCGCGCCAAGAUGCGCGCCCAGUACGGCCUGCAGGAGCGGCCCUGCGCCGACUGCUGCAUCCACUGGUGCUGCGAGCCAUGCGCCCUCUGCCAGGAGUACCGCGAGCUCAAGAAGAGAGGAUUCGACAUGAACCUCGGAUGGCACGCUAACAUGGAGAGGCAGGGCCGCACUCCGGCUACCAUGCCACCCCUCAUGCACCCAGGGAUGACCCGUUGAUCAUGCCCAGCCCAAUCCAUGAUGAUGGGAAAUAUCACAUUUAUUUUCCCUACGCUCCUACAACGUGCAACUUCCCCUAGCUACUUACGGGUUUGUUUGUGUAAGAUCCGGUGCGAAACACAAGUAAUGCUCUGUUUAUUGUUCGGCUAGGAACAUAUUUGAACUUUCAAGUUCUAGUGAUUAUGCAAGCUUUGCAAGCUGCAAAAUCUGUGGGCCGCAGUAUGCAUGAUCCAUUCCACUGUUGAACCAUACUUAAUUACUUUCUCUGUUCCUUAAUUCUUGUCGAAAUUUUACAUGUAUCUAGACAUCUUUUAGAAAUAGAUACAUCCAUUUUGAAGCAAA